AUGGAUGACUCCGGGGCGACAGGGCAACAGGGACCACAAGGGACCACAAGGGACCACAGGGACCACAGGGACAGCAGGGAACAAACAGGGCAACUGGGUCAACUGGGUCAACUGGGUCAACUGGGUCAACUGGGUCAACUGGCAACUGGCAACUGGCAACUGGCAACUGGGCAACGGGCUGCUGGCAAACGGGCCAUUGGCGCAGGUGGGUAG